AAGUGAGGUGAAACAAGAGACAAUAAAAGAUUGUCACUCCCUAACACUGGCUGAAUAUUUAGCUGAGUCCUAAAGGGGUGUCAGUGCCUUUUUGUUCUUCUAAUUAAAUUAAAUAAACAAAUAAAAGUCUUUCAAAAUGUUUUUUCCUUUGUUUUUUAUGUCAUAUGCAGUUUAAAAUAACAGUAGCUAUAGGUGAACUUUGCAAAUUAAUAUUAUUAAUUAUACAACCGAAAUUAGAUUUCAGGCAGCGACGAAGGAAGGUCAUGGUUAAUGGUAGUGGCGUGCUGCCUUCAAGUGCUCCUUGUAAACUUCAUCUUCUACGUUGUGUUGACAGUAUGUUGUGCUGCAGAAGAACGAUCGCUUCAAUGUUAAUAAAAUCAGAAAUUAAGGUUAUGCAUUGUAACACUUCUUCUAUGAACACAUGCACAGCCUUCUAACAGGCUCUAUAGACUUACCCACCCUCCACAUACAGUAUAUGUCCAUAUACCUCCUUGAGUGGUCAUUGUGAAGUAUUUCCUGUCACUAUUGUCAAUUACAUUUAAUUAAAUUUACGAUGAAAAACGAAUUGAACUACAGGUUGGGAAAAGGUUCAUGUCAGCCACCUAGUGGUGAUUACAAGUAGCACUCGUAAUUGCAAAAAUUCCAGACUCCAUAAAGGGAGCAGCAGCCCAAAUUGCCCCUCAUUCAGGAGUGGGGCUGAAAACACUGCACCUCUCUCUGCGUGGGUGGGCGUAUUUUUCUUCUCCUCUGUCCGGGACACUCUGAACUGGACAGACGGAGACUCGGAGACGCUGCGCGCUGGAAAUAAUGUCCCAUUUAACUUUUUGAGUUUUACUGGAGAAAGACUGCAAGAUGCUGCUGUUGACUUUACUGAUAUGUUUCAGCCCCAGUGUACUGGGGCAACUGGAGGAAUCCCAGUUUGGAGAUGACAUUAAUUCCGACCUCGCAGACUUUGAUUUAGACAUUGCGCCACGCAGGGUCCCACGGCAGGUGAAAACCAUGCUUACCAAGGAGACUAAACCUCACAUCCAGGAACUCUCCAUCAAGACCACCAUCAUCUCCCGCUACGCCUUCACGGCGGUGUACUGCGCCAUGCUCAACCGGCACUCCGCCGCUACCGAGGGCGUCUUUCAGUUUCAGAUCCCCGCUGAUGCUUACGUCUCCAACUUCACCAUGAUCAUUGGAGGGCGUGUCUACCAGAGCGAGGUCAGGCCGAAGGAAAAGAGGGUCAAACAGGAGAACGGCAAACCCAAGAACAAAGAAAAAGGUGAUGCAAGUCCUGAGCCGGAUGUGGAGGUGUUCAGGAUGGCGGCCAACAUCCCGGGUCGGAACCGUGCCGUCUUCCUGCUAACCUAUGAAGAGCUUCUGCAGCGGCGGCUGGGACGCUAUGAACACGUGACCAGCCUGCGGCCACUGCAGCUGGUCAGCCGCCUCAGCCUGGACGUCACCAUCGUCGACCACUCGCCCAUCACAGACCUCCAGGUGCUGCCGCUCCGCAACAGCAGGAGCAACAACGGUGCUUCCAACACUGCAGCUGGGCCUAAUGCUCCCAAGAUACCAGCCAAGCCUGAGCCUCCCAUCUCCACUGUGAUAAAAAACGAAAAGAACGUCUGCAAGAUCACCUUCAGCCCCAACAUCGUCCAACAGGCCAAGAUCACCACCAACGGCCUCCUGGGAGACUUUGUGAUCCGCUACGAUGUGCAGAGAGACAUGGGGAUAGGAGACCUUCAGGUUUUAAAUGGCCAUUUUGUCCACUACUUUGCCCCGAAAGACCUGCCUGUUGUGCCCAAGAAUGUGGUGUUUGUGAUCGACACCAGCGCCUCCAUGCUGGGGACUAAGAUCAGACAGACUAAAGAUGCUCUUUUCACCAUUCUGAGGGAUCUGCGACUCGGCGAUCGCUUUAACUUCAUCAGCUUCUCCAACAGGAUUAAAGUUUGGCAGCCAAAUCGUCUCGUACCGGUGACGCCCCUUAAUGUCAGAGAUGCCAAGAAGUUUAUUUACAUGCUGGCAACCACUGGAGGCACAAACAUCGAUGGUGCCAUUCAGACUGGCUCCUCUCUGCUUCGUGAUUACCUCUCAAGCGCUGACGCCAGCCCGAACAGUGUCUCCCUCAUCAUUUUCCUGACAGACGGACGGCCCACGGUCGGGGAGAUUCAGUCCACUGCGAUCCUGGGGAACACUCGCUCAGCCGUGCAGGAGAAGUUCUGCAUCUUCACCAUCGGGAUUGGGAAUGACGUGGAUUACCGGCUGCUGGAGCGCAUGGCUCUGGAAAACUGUGGAAUGAUGAGACGCAUCCACGAGGAGGCCGACGCCAGCGCUAUGCUCAAAGGGUUCUACGAUGAGAUAGGAACUCCUCUGCUGUCUGACAUAAGGAUAAACUACACAGAGGACGCCGUCCAGUACGUCACUCAGCAUCUGUUCACCAACUACUUCAACGGCUCUGAGAUCAUCAUCGCCGGCAAGCUGACCAACCAAAGUGCAGAAUCACUCCACAUCCAGGUUACAGCCAGCAACAGCGACAAGAGCAUCAUCCUGGAGACUGAUGUUCCACUGCGGCACCAACAGAUAGAGACUGAGAAACACGUUAAAGCAGCCACAGCAGCAAUGGCGGCUGGAGCUAAGGCUCCAGGGUCAGGGGUCACACAGGGUUUAGGAGUUGCUUUGGGUUCAAUAGCGGAAGACUUUGUGGAACGCGUCUGGGGUUUCCUGAGCGUCAAGGAGGGGCUACGGUCACGGCUGCGCAGCCAAACCAGCAAGGAGAGGGAAGACCACAUCCAGCACGCCACCAAUCUGUCUCUGACAUACCACUUCCUCACUCCCCUCACCAACCUGGUGCUGGAGAAGCCUGAGGUCCUGGCUGACGGCACCAUGGCCCCAGCACCCACCAUCACCCCAGCUGCUGGUGAGGCUGUCUCAACUGCCAAUGAUCUGCCAGGUGACAUAGAGGAUGGAAAGCCACAGAAACCCAAUGGGACGCCAGGCAGCCAGACUUCAUCUCUGGGCAACAAGAUUGGUAAAGUUGAAAGAAGACCAGCCAAGAAAUCCAUCACCAUCUCCAAAACAUCAGCGGAUGGUGACCCCCACUUUGUGGUUGAGUUCCCGCUCAGUAAACUGACCGUGUGCUUUAACAUCAACGGUGAGCCUGGACACAUCCUGCGCCUGGUCUCUGACCACAAGUACUCGGGUGUGACAGUGAAUGGUAAGCUAAUCGGCGCCCCAGCUCCGCUGGGCAGCCACAAACAGCAGCGUACCUAUUUCAGCACCAUCACCAUCGUGGUGGAUCAUCCCAAACGUGCCUACAUCGAGGUGACGCCUAAGAAAGUCAUCCUGGACGGGCGGGACAGAAUGGUGCUGCCCUGCCACUCCACAGUCACAGUGGACAGCGGCGCUCUGUCAGUGUCCAUUGUGGGAAAGUCUAAUGUGACUGUGACGGUCGGAGGAAACAUCAUCUUUGUGAUCCUGCUGCAUCAGUACAAGAAUCCAGCCCCCUACCAGAGAGACCAUCUGGGGUUCUACAUCGGUCACAGCAAGGGGCUGUCGCACAAUUGCCAUGGCCUGCUGGGUCAGUUCCUGUAUGAGGAAGUGGGACUGGCACAGCUUCCUGCACAAGCGGACAUGAAACCCUCGUCCAUCCUGAAGGUGAAGGACCGCUCAGUGCCGGUGGUUCAGAAGAGCAGGAGGAUCUACAGCGGGACUCAGAGCGUGGACUGCUGGUUCGCCCGGAACAAUGCGGCCAAGCUGAUAGACGGACAGUACGAGGACUACUUGAUGUCACACAUGUUCGACACAGGGGACUGGCCACACGGGACUAACAGAGUGUGAUAAGACAAACACGAACUGCAGCUGUGGCAUUUAUUUGACUAAUUUUACUCUGUCUCCGUAUCACAUCCCAACAGAUCCCGAACGUUUCCAAAUGUCACUUGUCUUUUUCCUCUUUUGAAUAUAUUUUUUUACUAUUUCUAAUUAAAAUUAAAUGUUUUUUAUUAUUAUAUUGUGUGUAUUAUUUCUUACAAUAAUUUUGUAAUUGUAAAUAAAACAUUUAAACCCACAAUGAGGUUGUUUUCUGAGACAUAAAAACACAACCACUGACUUUUACACCCAUUUGGGAGUGCAUAAGUGUGUUUUUCUCACACACCAAAUAUGCAUGUCAACACGUCUUAAACGUGGCAACGAGCUUAAGAUUCACACCUGGUUACCACGGAGACCAAGCCCGCUAACUAACCCCUUGUCCCAGCGCCAAUGACUAGAUGCACACCUAACACGCAAAACACACAAAUACACACCUGUCAUCAGCUGGAGGUCACAGGGCUGCUGGCCCAGCCCACACAGGUGUGCUCUGGCCAGGUCCUGCUCAGGUUGUCUGUCAACGCGCUGCCUCGCCCCGCCCACCGCAGGAAUUCAACACCAAAACACUGAUUCAUGUGUCAAUCAUCUUUAUUCAUAGUACAGAUUAAUGAGAUACAUUCGGUAAGAAGCACCGUGGUAGUUGACGGCCUGUUAAUGACACUUCAGGACGUGCUGUGCCAUUUUAUCCGCAUAAAAAAAAAAAAAAUACAUACAACAUACAUUGGAAUACAAAAUAAAAAAAAUUACAGACGGAGUAUGUCAAACUAGACCUUUCGGUUUUUAAAACCAUAAAUUUUAACAGGAGAAUGGAAAUGUUUUGAUGAUAAAUAGCAGAAUAUAUAAAGAAAAGUACGCCAAUCACGUACUUAAUUCACACUGAAUCUAGAACUUAUUUACCAUCUGUAGUUUGGCGAUGACUCUCAAAAUUCUCCCAUUAGCUUUACUCACUAAAGACGUCUUAUUCCAAUGUUGUUACCACAUAUUGGACCGCAAUAUAUAAAGUCAAAUACAUAUAACAUGAAUAGAAUAAAUAAAAGAAAUGUGCCAAAACUUGCAGAAGUUUAAUACACAGCUACCGUAUCAUCCCACUGAGUCUUACUAUGAUGGAGUAUUUGGGACAUUUUUUAGGGAAAAAAAGAGAUUUUGAGAAUAAAGUCAUAAUAUUUUGAAAAAAUAAUGUUAUGAAAAUAAACUUGCACGCUUAAGAAAAAAAUUAAUAAACAAGAGCUUAAUUUUAACAUUUCAAGAAAUGAGUCGCUAUAUUUUGAAAGAUAUCACUACCAAAAGGUCAGUUCUUAUCACAAAACGUCAUUUAAAAAAAAAAGGAGUGGUUUGACAUGUUUGGAUAUACGCUUAUUUGCAUUCUUGCUGAAGAUCAAUACCACUCUAGUAUUUCUCCGUUAAAUAUUAAGCUACAGCGAGGAUACGGUUAGCUUAGCUUAGCACAAAUACUGGAAACAGGGGGAAACAGCUAGCCUGCCUGUGUAAAAAAGGUAGGAAGUUCAGGAAGUCACUGCUCCCGACCAAGAAAUAGUCCCCCAUAUAACUCCUCGUGAAACCCCAACAUGUUGUUUUUACACUUGGGAUUUUGUACAGAUUAAACAAGAUAUAACAUGUUAAUUACUGAGCUUUAGAGGUGCUAGUAGAUAGAUUUUGUUACCUUGACUUGACAGAGCCAGGCUAGCUGUUCCCCCCUGUUUGUGCUAAGCUAAGCUAAGCUAAGCUAAUCAGCUGCUGGCUGUAGUUUUAUAUUUAGUGUACUGACAUGAGAAUGGUAUUCAUCUUCUCAUCUGCAUUAACUCUUGGGGAGUCUAGCACAAACACAGGGUACUGAGGGUACUCUAGAAACAUUCAGACUAAUUUUCCCCUAAAAUAUAAUGACAUUUGUCUCGGAAAAUUAUGACUUUAUUCUUGUAAUAUUCCAACUUUUUCCUCAUACCAUUUCCAACUUUUUCUUAAAAUAUUCCGACAUUAUUCUGAAAAUCUCAGUGGCCCCAAUACGCCAUCGUAUACAGAAAAUAUACAAAUCAUUGCAGAAACAGUGUGACCUGGUCCUUUAAACCAUGACAUGAAACGAUUUCCUGCCCACAUACACAUUUUUUUUAAAGUUGGUUGCAAUGAACUAAAACCUUUCCAUAUAACCACGGCUUUCAACACGUUUGGUCCGUCAUGACUGCAGCAGCCAAAAA